CACCUCAGUCCUUUUCACUUGGAAAAAACAAAGGAAUCACAAGAUGUCUGAUUCACCAGCUUCGAAUGUAUCUAAUAUUGAUAAUGGAGCAAUGACUCCCACUGGCGGCGAGACUUCUCAACAAGAUGUCAAACCUUCGACUGAACACAUUAAUCUCAAAGUUGUAGGACAGGACAACAAUGAGGUUUUUUUUAAAAUAAAAAAAACAACCGAGUUUAGCAAGCUUAUGAAAAUUUACUGUGCUCGUCAAGGUAAAACUUUGAAUAGUUUGCGCUUCUUGGUCGACGGUGAGCGUAUUAGACCUGACCAAACUCCAGCAGAGCUUGAUAUGGAGGAUGGUGACCAAAUUGAAGCUGUACUUGAGCAACUAGGCGGCAGCAAUUAAGUCAAAAAUCCGAGCAGUAGUGAUCAUUAGUCUGGCUUGGUUAUGAUAAAAAUUAAAAUAUUGGGAUGAAGUGAUGUGGCUUCUUUCAUGCUACGAUACAUUUAUCUGGGUUUCGCUAGUUCUUAUGUGAAGCACAGAUGCUCUCAGGAAAGAAUUGUUUAAUAAAAUGACGAUUUUAAGAUUAUAUGUCUAUAUGUUCUAUGGUCGCAAACCAAUCAGUAUGAAUUCCUUUUGCAAACUUAUAUACCUUGGCUCAAUUUCUGGCCAAGAGAUCAAUUUGACUUUGGUAAAGCUGUCGCAUCUCUUUUAUAUCCAGCUCAAGCUCAAAGACUCGGUCGCUUCGUUGCUUUAAGGUAGUUUGCGUUUCUACGUGUUUCUUUUGAAGAUUUGUGUAUAGCUCACGUAGCUCAAUAAGUUCUCGUUCUGACGCUUCUUUCGUUUCUCGAUCCACAUACGAAUUUACAAUUUCUUGGCGUGCUUGAUCGCGUUGAUUAAUGAGCUGUACAAUCUGCUGUUUUGUAGUCUGUAAUUCUGCCUCUAAGCGGCGAAUCGUCGAUGAUAGUUGUUCCAGAAGACUCAUAUCUGGGCCAGUGUUAUUCGCUGGCUUUUCGCCAUUACUUGGCGUAUAUGACAAAGAAGACAAAGCGUCAAAGUCAUGUGAGGCUGACAUGGGAGACAUAACCAUGCUAUUCAUUGAAGCGAACCUUGAUGAGGACUGUCUUCCCAUCCUUUUACCUUCUGACACAGUUCGCGGCAGUCGGGGUGCUUUUGGUUCUGUAGGAGAGAUCGCAAGCGUAUCUAAGUAGUUUUCCAAAACUUCUUGCUUUGUAACUUCUGAGUCCUGAAUAAAAUCAUCUUUUGGAAAAAACCCGCUCUCUUCAUUCAAGUUCUCCUCCUUAAGCUCCAAAGACGGCGAUCGAUUUCGAUUCAAAUUAGACGAAGUUGUGUUUAUAUCUGAACGGGAAUCGAUAUUUUGCUUCUCCUUAUCUAUGUCGUUCCAAUUAUUUGCCAGAUUAGGUUUAGAAACAUUUGUAGGAGUAUGUUCAUUAUCGUCAUCAUCAUUAGCGUAAAAUCCGUCAUCUUCAUUGGUAUAGUUAGUAUCAAGAGUCUCAGAUGUAUCCGGGAAUGUCUCAGUAGGUGCUUUGACCGCAGUAGAUUCUAGUUCUUGUUGUAAGAGUUGAAUCUUUAAUUGAUACUCUUGCCGAAUAUCAGAG